GUCUUGAUUUCCUGCAAAACAACAAACAAGAGCUCGACCUGUCUUCGGAAAUCAUGUCUAUCAAGCACAGUUCGUUGUAUGUCGAAUGACAGCGCCUUUGACUUCAUGAAAGAGCCAAGAAAACAAAGAAGUGCCUCUGCUGAAUCACCAUGUCUGUAUGGAGUUCAAGAAAGACAAGUAAUCAGCAAAGAAGUGUAAUCCAUGUCCACCACUUCUGAAAGAGUUGCCACGCUGACAAGAUCAAAUGCUGGACUACAAGCAGUAUAAACAGAUUGUUUCUCAGAUGCCAAUCUUGCACAGUAAGAGACAUAGCAUGAAGAAGGUAACAUUCUCAAAGAUGCAGGAUGAUGUUGUACCUGGCAGAAAAAUGACUGCAAAGCACAUAUAGGUCCAUCAGUAGGACCAGGCUUAACUGCCUGCACUGCCAUCAAACCUGGUAGGAAAAAAAUGUUUAUUGUUGAUAGCUGUAAAUUAAGAGACAAAGCACAGCAGAAAAAACAUCAGAUAACUUUAAAGAAAUUCAUCUGAAAGUCAUAAAGAAAAUACAUCUGUGAACCCUGAAAAAAUGGCUGAGGCUGUAAGAUCAAAGAAACAGAAGAGUAAACAGAGUGGAAAAUCCCAGCACACAAGGAAGAAAUCAUCCAAAGAACUGGAUAAAGAAAUACAUUCAAGCUCUUCGGGUACCACUGUGAGUCCUUUUCAGCAAAAUGAAGCUGAGGAGUCUCCACAGGAUAAAGUAAAUUUUAAGAAAAAUCUGCAAGAUGUAGAAGAGUUUACAGACAUACCAUUGGGGGAGUCGGAGAGUUUAUCUGCCAAGGAUGGAAAGAAUAAUCUUUCAUCAAUGCCUUCAUCAGUGAUUAAAGAUGAUAGAUUAAAAGACUCUAUAAUAGUUGCAACUAUGAAUGGAGAGGAAAACACUUCUGCUACCCAACCUGUGUGUCAGGAUAUAAUGUUCAGUGAGCAGGGGGGCACUAAAAAUGAAGAUUCUAUUAGUGGACAUCUGAAUAUCAGUGAUGUUGAGAUAAGCUUUUUAGAAGAUGAAAAAAGAACAAAUGCUAUACAAGUACAAUUUUCUGAAAUUAAUCUUCACCCCCAGAAUGUAAAGUGCCAAAAUCCCAAAGCAGUUUUCGAAGUCAGUAGCAAUAGUGCUAUAAUAUGCCCUUCUCUGUGUUUCUCUGCAUCUGGAAAAACUUUGACUGAGAAAAACGACUGUGAAUCAUUGGUGGAUCUGAAUUUUACUCCUGGACCUAUGUUAGGUUCCAUGGAGGUGGUCCGAUCAAGACAGAAAACUCCAGCUGUUCUGGCAUUAUCAGAACAGGAGAAUACUGCAAGUUUGAUUCCUGUUGAGCAUGUUAAAGCAGACAAGACGCAUCAGAGCCUCUAUCCUCAGCUGUCUCACUUACAAACGUCUUGUCGGGCCUUUACUAAAGAACAGUUAAGGUUGUGGGAACCUGGUUCUUGGCUAGAAAAUGUAGAACACCAUUUGUUGCAGUUCAUGGCUCUUGCCCAUCAGGAAGGCCAUGAACUCUAUGAACUGCUGAUGAACUACUGGCGGUGUCGUAAGCAGCUCUGUCAAGCCCAGGCAGAGUUGCAAGCAACCAGUUCAGACUGUAAAAGUGCCCAGAAUCGCUUGUGGACCUUCCGGGAUGAGCAGCUUACCCUUCAAGGUGUGUGUGCUGACCAGACAAAAGUUUCUGGCUAUCAUCGUUUUCAGAAAGUGCUGCUUAAUGAAUCUGUAGUUUUGGAGAUAAAAAAACUUUUUGAAACAAAGGCAGAGUUGCUGCAUCAAACUCUUGCUUUACAUUCAUACACUGUGGUGCUGUCAAGACUUCAGAUAGAGUCUUUUCUGUAUCGACUGCUAAACAGCAUUCCACCGGCAAGGAAAGUGGCAAUAAAAGAUUAUCCUGCAGAAUACGCCGAUAUGGAGUCUCAUUCCUGUUCACUUCAACCCCUAAAGGAGAGUAUUAGUGUUUUGUUCUGCUUUACUCGACGGGUACUUGACGACUGCCAGUUCCAGGCAGACAUCCAUCUUUGGCUACAAAAACUGGUGGCUAUCUUACAAUGCAUCGGCUCAACGGGGGAUCAGUUAUUCCUUCUUAAUCACAUACUUCAUUGUCCUGCUGGAAUUGGAAAGUGGGCAGCACCUUUCCUUCAGAUAAAGGUUUUAAAUAACCCAUCUGGAGUUUACCAUUUCAUGCAGGCUCUGGCCAUACUUAUGUCUCCUGUGAAAAACCGUGAUGACUUUAUGUGUUACAUGAAGCCUACCAAGUUAAAAAAUGAGUCUGCUUCUAGUUUUGGAAAAGAAUCGGGCAACUGGACCCUUGUGGAUGAAGGAGGAGAGGAGGAUGAAGAUCCAGAAACAAGUUGGAUGCUGCUGGCAGAAGACGAUCUUAUUACUAUUUUCUGUCAGUUUCCAUUUGAUGAACUUUUCAAACAUUUACUAGGUAUUGGUUCAAAAGGUACUUACCAGCCUAAGGCAACAUCAAGCCAGAAAAUGCUGAAAAUCUUUGCUUUUGCUUCUAACCUUGUGGAAUUAUUGGCUGUCGGUCUAACCACAUACAACAGGGCUCGGUAUCGUCAGUUUGUCAAACGCAUUGGCCACAUGAUCAGAAUGACAUUAUGUUAUGUGAGUGACCACUGGGCCCAAUAUGUUAAUGGUGUUGACAUUUGCAAAGCAAUGCUGGAAGUCCAUUCCUUCUCCAUGGAAAAGCUACAAGUGGAAUUUGAUGAGCUUUUUCUGAAGGCUGUAUUACAUGUAUUGAAGGCAAAAAGACUUGGUAUUUGGCUUUUCAUGUCAGAAAUGCCAUAUGGAACUCUGUCAAGUGCGAUGCUGUGGAAAAUAUUUUACAUAAUGCAAUGCACAGAGAAUGACAACUUGGAAAUGCUAAGCACAAACCUGAAUCCUUGUGAUUGCAUCCAGAGACUGAAAGAUCCAGAGGAGCAGAGCAACUUUCAGUGUUGCCUGUCAGAAAUGAAUAGUUCAGAUGGAAUUUGUCUCCUUACCACCUUUGCUCACAUGGCUCAGCCAAAGCGAACUAGUGCAGAUGCUGAGUUUGUCAGAACCAUUGUACUUCAGAUUUAUGAGGUAUGUUAUGUGAGUCUGUCCACAAGAGAAACUUUUUCUAAGGUUGGAAAGGAGCUGCUUGCAGCAAUAGCAGUUGCUCAUCCACACAUCAUCUCGGUAUUGCUGGAGCAAGUUUGUAAAACAAUAGAAAAAGUAGGCAUGGUGUCAUUAUACUUGUUUAAGGAUCUACCUCUUUAUCUUUGGACACCAGCUGCAAGUGAAAUUGCUUUGAUUCGCCAGUGGCUGCUUGACUAUAAUCUUUCUGCUGUUGAGAAUAAGUUGGCAUGCAUAAUAUUAGAAGGUCUUAACUGGGGAGUUAAUGAACAGACUGGUGAUUUAGUUUUAGAUCCUUUGCUUCAUUCUGAGGUUGCCUUACUAGUGGUGGAAGCUUACCAGAAGUUCCUAACUGAUAAACCCUACAGUGGCAUUAUUUCAGAAAGCAUAAAACAGGUUUCCUACCUAGCAAGUGUGGUCCAGCUGAGUCAAAAUCCUGAAACAUCUUUUAACCAGUGGGCGUGGGAUCUUGUGCUGAGGUUGAAGCUGCAUUCAAAUGAUCGCUGGCCCCAGAAUGCUUGGUCCCCAAUUCCUUCUAUUUCAGCUGUACCGGAGAUUGCAGAAGCACCCUCUUUUCAUCCUUUACUUAAAGCAGUGAAGGCCAGAAUUCCUAUUGGUUGUUACCUUGCCUUAAACAUGACAUCACUUGGGCACAGUUUAGAUCAGUUUUGUCAAGAAGGUGUUGGACUACUGAAAGUACUGGUCCAGUCACGAUACUUGAGAUAUGUGGUGCACGUUCUGAAGAACCUUCUGCCACUUGCCUAUCCCUGCCAGUACUACCUUCUUAAGAGUGAAGAGUUUCUGAGCACCAUUCAUCUCUUUCUCCACAUCGACAGUGGGACACAAGGAAUGACACAACAGGUUACACACAAAGUAACCCAACAUUUGACAAAAUCUAGCUGUGGUGAAAACAUUAAAUAUCUUAACAGUGUCAUCCAGGCUCAUGUAUCUGAGAGUAGCCUUUCUGGACGCGUUGGCCCGGCAGCUGUCCUAGAGUUUUGGGCACAGAUUCUAACUGAUCAACAUGGUUGGCAUAGAGACAAAACAUUUCUAUAUCUUUUAGACCACCUAUGUAGAGCUGCCUUUUUAUACCAGCAAGAAGAAUGUCUGCAUAAACUGUUAUAUCAACAGCAUAAGAAUGCUUUGGGGUAUCAUGGGGACAGAGGGCUUUUUUCUUCUGUAAUAAACUGGAUAUGGGCAGGAAAUGUAACGCCGUCUUUCAUUGAAGGAAGUUAUCUGUCUGCUGAGGUUUGGUUCUCCUGGAUAGUUCUGAACAUGGAAUCUAUAUUUGAAGAAGAUUCCCAGCUUCGUCACUGUAUGGAGCAGGAAUUGUUAGCAAAUUCCUGUAUAACACCUGAUCAUGCUCUUAAGAAAGCACAGAGUCGACUGAAGCUACCCAUUGUCCCAUCUCUUUCAAGACUUAUGAUUUAUCGCUGGGCACACCAGGCCUUGGCAACACCUGCUGAUCAUCCACUGCUUCCUUUGAUAUGGCAAAGAUUUUUUCAGCUCUAUUUACGCCAGCCUGGACCAGAAUUUGGAUUGGAAGCCAAAGGUUGCAUUGGUAGACGUUACUUCCACAGCUCAGCCCAUCUGAACUUGCUGAAAGAUAUGAGACAUCGUCUGACAGAAGUAGCUGAUUUUCAUCAUGCAGCCAGUAAAGCACUGAAAGUGCACAGAGACCUGGAACACAGUGAUGAGGAAAGAAACUUAGAGACACCAACAAGAGAACAUAUGACCUCUCCACAGUUGCAUGAGGAACUUGUUCGUCUUUUCCAAGUGUUUUCCAUUUGGCUCGGAGAUGACAACCUACAGAGGCAGGAAGUAUACUUGCCUUCCUUACCAAAGCAGUAUGAUGCACACAGGUUGGCCAAAGUAAUGCAAAAACAGGACCUGUGGAUUGAAUAUAUCGACAUCAAAAGAGUACAGCAUGAACUAAAAGAGCUUCUUAGUGUUUGGACUAAUGGUUGCCUUGAGCCAGCAUUUGUUCAUAAUAACAGUGUUUCUAUCUUUACUGACUUUAUUAACCCUCAAGCAGCACAAGAGCGAAUUCUGACAAAUCUAAAGAAGCAUGAUUGCUCACAGCCGCCAUUACCUUUGGUACCAAUGAGAGCUCCUGUCCAAAAUAUAUCCAUUUCAAUGAUGUCUGAUGAAAAAGCACUGAGAAAACUUGUACACCAGAAUCUGACUACACUGCAACAACAGGCCAAAUUGGCAACUUUAUGGGAGUUCCAGCAGGUAGCACUAGAUAGUGAGUUGUUGGACACCCUACCUCAGUUAUAUAGUAACCGAGAAGAACAGCUCUCUGUACAGUUGGAGUGCCAUGGAAGUGGUGGACGGUCUUGUCAGGGCUCUGCUAUUGUUAAUGCCAAGUUUGAAGGCAUGCAUAAGCAUGAAGCAGUCCAGAACCAGAUUCAGAGUCUUAAACGUGACAUUAAACUGCUUCAGGCAGAUGCUACAAAACCUCCUCCUCAAAGUGUUGCUGAGGCAGCUGUGCAUGUGGAAAAUUUAAUCACUACCCUCGUAAACACAUACAAACUCCAGUACACUGCUUUGUUGCAAAAAGUUGGAAUUUCUACGUUUUACCAGGUGGUUUCCUUUGUGUGUGAUGACACCCAGCGGCAUCCACCAACAAGACAAUUUUUUUCCUUCUGCAUUGAGAUGCUGGGACAGGUAUUUAUUCGAGAUACUGCCUUUGAAUGCAAGAAAAUGUUGGCAACCAUCCUUUGCAGCAGACAUCUGUGCAAUCUCUUGUCUCCUUACUUUACCCCAAAUGCAUGUCCUUCAGAUUUUGUUUCCCUUUAUGAUGAAGUAGUACAAGCACUUUGCUCAGACAGUAAUGAUGUAAUAUUCAUGCUUCUAACUAAGUUUGAUUUGGAGAACUGGUUGACAUCUAGUCAGCCUCCUUUUACAGAACGAUCUAGGCUGAUGGAACUUAUACACCAAGCACUGAUUGUAUGUGGCCUGAAACCUGAAGAAGAUGUUUUAAUGCCUUUUAAUAUCUUCUGCAAACACUGGGUUAAACUUCUGCGCUUCCAAUUUCCAGAUCACUACAGUGAUUUUCUACGACUUUUAAUGCAAAGUUCUGCUGAACAAUUGAUAAGUCCUGAUGUCUGGAAGUCAUCUCUAACUGCAAUAGGAUGUUGUACCUUGACAAAAUAUAAAUCAUCGAAGAGUCCUUUGCCUCUUCAGAAGGAUUCAAGGAAUAUUCUUUCUUCUCAACAGAUUAAAGAGACAAUUGAAUGGCUUUCAGACUUUCUUUUAAAUUUGCGCCUAUCUAAUGCUGAUUUUCGCAGCUUUAGUCUUUUUUCCAAAUGGGGACCAUACAUGGAAGAAGUUAAAACUUUUUGGUUCUACUUGAUAAAACAACUUAUUGAAAUGACAUUUACUGAUGUAUCCAAGGAGCCAGUGGGAAGCAGCCUUAUUUUGCAAACGAUUAGAACUUUGCAUAACAAGAUUGUUGGACUUUUUCAACCAUGGAUCCUAGUUCUUGAUACUGGAGAUGCAAACAAUCCCCGCUGUUAUCCAUGGAUGGAGACUGACUCUGCUGUUGCUGCUAGUAUGGUUACAUUGUUUACUGAAUUAAUUGAUAUGUUGCAUGGAAAGUUUAAAGACAAGUUGCUUCCUGGACAGCAAGGGACAAUGUGGCUUCAUCUUAUGCAUUACUGUGAGACAUGUACUGCAUCGAAAAUGCCAGAGUACAUCCUUUACACCUACCAUAAAAUAUACAGCAAACUGCAAUGGAAAGACUUGCACCCUGAUCAAGCUCUGAUGGAGCAAUUCUUCAAAGUGGAAAGAGGUAGUCCAAAAAGUUGUUUUCUGUUCUUGGGAACAGUUCUGUGUGAGGUGAACUGGGUGAGUGUUUUGAGAGAUGCCUUAAAUCCCCAUCCCUGUCCAGACUCCCAGUUGAUGGUUGUCUACCUGCUGUAUUUAAUGAUCUUCUUGGCCAAGGAGGAUGAACUAAUUUCCAAGCCCGAGUCCCCUCUUCUAAGCCUGCUAGGCCAGUCCACAUCUAUUCCGUGGAAUUAUGUAGACAUUGCUUCCUAUCAGAACAUCCUAGGCUAUGUUAAUAGCCAUUACCCACCAGCAAUUAUCAUCAAAAAAGAUUCUUCCUCUGAACUGACUGUGAAAUUACUAAGAAUGGCAGCUGGUUUUGAUGCUGGAGAGAAAAUACCUCAUCAGCAUAUGACUCUGAAAUGUCAAGCAUUUUUGCACCUUGUGGUUGAAUUCUUAUGUGCCUUGGACCAGAGUGGAAGCAUCAGCCUUGUGGCCCUGGAUAAAGAAAUGGAAAACCUGCUAGAAAAUAUGAUAUUAUUUAAUCCACCAGAGACAGACCUUCAGCAACGACACAUGGCAAUAUGUGGUCUGUUUUCAGAAAUAUUAAAGCUACUGAAUACUGCCAGCAUAUCCACAUCUGAGGCUCUACAGAACAGUCUAAGGAAGUGGGUGGAGAGGAAAGCCCGGUCACCAUUGGUUAUGCCUCUUCUUACAGCGGCCUGCCGUAGCCUUGCCUCUGUUCAGCAUAUGGCUCACAUCACUGAAGCGUGCAUUUUUGCCUAUUUUACAGAUGCUACUUGCCAUGAUCAGUACUCGGGUUGGGGUUCUAUCCUUGUUUCUCUUCAAGUGCCAGAACUAACAGCAGAGGAAUUCUUGAAGCAGUGCCUCACUUUGGGAAGCUACUUGACUCUGUAUGUCUAUAUCCUGCAACUCCUUAAUCUAGAGCAGACUUUGAUCUGUGAAAAGAGAUGUCUUAUUCUACUAAGAACCUGGAUGGAAGAAGUGUUUCCCAGUAAUGCUUCAGAUGAAAGCAAGCUGUUCUUGUGGUGGCAUAAAGCUCUAGAACUGGUAUUGAUACAAGCCGAACAACCUGAUGUUUGUGGACUGCGUCAUCUGCUGCAGACUCUUCUUGCACUGCAGACUCGGCUCAGUCUUUUGGGGGAGGAGAGACUCGCAUCUGGAAUUCUUGGAGCCAUAGGCCUUGGGCGAAAGUCCCCACUGUCCAGCAGAUUUCGAGUGGUGGCCCGAAGCAUGUCUACAUUCCUAUUAGUACAGGUCCCUUCAGAAGAGAGACUACGACUUCAGCCAGGAACUGAUUUACAGCUUACAUCAAAAGCACAGCAGGCACUGGAUGUUUUGGAAUCAAUGCCUUCAAAUAAGCAGUAUGCUGAUUUUCAACAAUCAAUCAGUCACGCCACCCAAUUUAUUAGACAUCCUGGCCACUGUUUACAGGAUGGUACUCGACUUCUGGCCCUGCUUAUUAACUCACUAUAUCCGGAUAUUUACUAUCUCAAUAUAAUACGAUAGCUAAAAUGGCUUCUUGUAUAGACAAGCACUUUUAAUUGAAUUGAUAAACUUCUUUAAAAACAGUGUUUGAGUUAAAGAAGCCUAGCAGAAGCACUUGUGGUUUUGUUUGUUUUUUUUAUAUGUACAUAAAGAUUGUUGCCCUUGUUGAACAUCAUUUCCUCUUUCUGGAAAAAAAAUGUUAUGGUCUAUUGCACAGGUUUUAGAUAUGCUUGGUUUUUACCGCACAUCUAAAACUUAGUAAUUGAGAACUGACUUUUUUGCCACACAUGAUUUACAGCUUCUGGUGAAUUUCUUUAAAGAUUGCUAUUCUUACUCACUUGUUUUAAUGUUCACGAUAAGCAGUAUUCAGUUAUCUGUUUUUAUGUUUGAACCUAAGCUUUAUUAUAAAUUUUCAAUCACUGAGUGGCAAUAUAUUCUUACUACGUUAGAAUAACAAAUUCACUUUAUAUUGUAAAAUAUUAAAGUAUACAGCUCAAAAAUGAAAAACUGAGAUGCAAUGACCAAUUUUGUGAAUGGCAAGCACCCAAACUUUGCUCAGUUACAACAGUGGUUUUGCAAUCCUGUACACCAACUGUAAGUUUAAUAAUUCCUUUCCUGUGUUUUAACAAAUUACUGUGCUUUCAGACUGUUUUCAUAUAAGACUAAAUGAUGUGAAACACUAUUUAUAAUAGUACUUGUAAUGGGGUUGGAGCAGGAAGAAUAUACAGAAGAAAGUGCAUAAUCAUCAACACUAUAGCAGUUGUCAGGAAUAAAAUAUAUAAUUAAAAUUAUUCAUUUUGACAUUUGCUAGUUUUUCUUUGCUGCAAGAAGCUUUAUGUUUGCAAUCCUUGCAACGUUUUGAAAAUUACAUUUUUACUGUCUCAUUUAGUACAGUAUGGCCUCUAAAAUGUAUUCCUGACAAAAGUUUUGCUCCUUUACAGUUGAAUGGUAUUUACUGCUUUUUCAAAAAUUAGGUAGGUUUUUCAUUUUCUGAAUGGUUAUUUUAUUGUGGAGGGUGUAGUGCAUUGGCAACAUUUAGUGGAUUUGCUUUUAGAAAUUUUAAAGUUGGUUUCAUGAGCUAAUAUUUCACUUGAGUACAGUAUUGUUGUCAAAGUUAUAUGUUUAAAUACUGAAAUAAGAGAUUGGCAGAUCUGACUUCAUUUUUAAAAAUGUAUAACAGACAAUCAGGAGGCAAACAAAGAUAGAGUUCAUUGAAUCUGUAUGUGAUUUAAUCUAGAUUGGAAUCUUAAGGGUUGUUAAACGAGCAGUAUUAUCUGUUUAAAUGAAUCUAAUAAAAAAUAUAUAAUUUAUAUAAAAUAAGUUAUUGGGGGAGUGAGACAGCUUGGUUUAUUUAUUGAAGGAGAUUUUUUAAUGUGGCAUCUUUAAUCAGGCCUUUGUUUAUUUCCUAGAAUUUUCACCUAAUAAAAAAGCUUUAUGCUAGUCCUUUAGGUUUCACAAUCACUUAUUCACAUAUAAUUUAAUAAAAAAAAACAGCUUAAACAAGAAUGAAAUCAUUCUUUUCACUGGUCACUGCUUUUUCAUGUGUUUAUAGGUGAUACACAAAACCUGUUUUCAUAAAUGUCAUUUGUGUAAAAGUGAAAAAUAUAUAAACUGUUUUGUAUUUUUUUGUUUCUUUUGUGAAUUUGAUUUAAUGAUCAUUCCAGAAAAAAACUUUUAAAUAAGUGUCUGAUGAUGUGAAAAAAAUUAUAGUGUGUAAAAAGUCUGUUAACAUCUCCUAAAAGUGAUGGAAAAGUAAGAAUCCUUUUUAUGAUUUAUGCAUAAUCUGUUCUCAUGAUAGGCCUUGCUUUUCAGGUUCUCUAGUUUAUUUUAAUUUGACUUUCUGCAAACAUAACAUUUAAAGUAGACAGAAUUAACACUGAGCUAAUGAAAAUCUUGAUAUGUGCAUGUAUCAAUUUUUAUAUAUGUAAUUCAUUUUUGUUUUAAGUAAUACAAUGUUACUAUCAAAAUACUCAGUAAUCUAAUAUCAAAGUUAAAAUGUGGCUUGUCUUAUAAAAAGAAAUUUAGUACCUGACCUACCAGCACCAUUCUGAGGACUACUAAUUCAAGGUUUGAAACUUUUUUCCUUCAAAGCUUUAUAUGUUAAUGUUGCAUUUUGCCAAAAGCAUUGAACAGUACAAAUCAUCAGAGGGCAUAUUCAUAAAUUACUGAACCAUUUAAUGCACUGAUAAAGCAAAAAGAUUUUUUUUAUUACGUAUUGUUUGCAAUUAAUGUUUUUGCCAUUCAGAAAUGAGACUUGAUUAUACCCAGUUUUUGUAUACUUUUAGUAUAAAUUAUUGUGCUCUGUUUAUGAACAGAUAUUCUGAAAAAUUAGCAUUUGAAGUUAAAACUGGUACUGCUUAUGUCAGCAGUUAAUUGCACAUAAUAUAGAUGCAGUUUAUUGCUGUGUCACACAAUCUGUUUUUUGUGCCAUUCUAGUGUGUUGAACUUGUCUACAUUUUAUUGUAAUUAUCCUUCAAACACCUGGUCAUUUGAAUAUGUGUGGAAGAAGAUUUUCACAUUAUUUGAUGAUCAAAUUAUGUGUUAUAUAAUUAAAAUAACUCUGGUUGCA